UCCACGGCUUUGCAAUCAAGGGUCAUCAUCAUCAAGUAGGCAGGCCUUGCGGACUAGUGGGUUUUUCUGUGUGUGUUCGUUUCUCGUGCCGCGAGUCAGCUGCGUGCGUGCAGCAGCAGCACAGCCCGUGCUUGUUUCCUGUGAGAACGACGGAAACAUUCAGCCGCGGCGCCUCGGCCGACUACCGGCGUUGUGUUGCGAACCGUCUGCUCUUGGCCAUGUCGUCUGCCUGACGCUACGUCGCCCCGUGUCGUCUGCCACGAAUUCGCCGUCGUCCCCACCACGCAGGUGCUACCGGCGAACGAAAAAAAAAAAAAGAAAGAAGGGAGAGCAGCGAUGCAGUGCGUGCUCAAAGACAAGUUCCGGCUCUACCCGAACGCCGAGGACGACUACGAUGUGACGCUAUUCGAUAAGUCGCUAGUGUUCGAGCCAUGCGUCAAGGGCAAGGGUUUGCCGCAGUACCGUUCGCGUACCGAGGUGAAGCUCGACGACGUGAUCGGCUGUCAUGUGAUGCGCGUCGCCGAGAACGCCACCGGGCUCAAGAAAACUGUCUCGUAUUUCUGCGUGUACGCGUACCAUCUAAUCCAGAAGAAGAAGAACCUCGGCCACAGGCGCCAGAAAAGGACAUAUGUGUUUACGGUGGAUAAAAGCGACGAGUACGAAGCGAACCUCGCCAUCUCCAGGGUAUGGCAGUCGGCAUUUCUCUGGCUACUCCGAGGCGUCAUGCCCGAGCGAGGUGGCGACGGCCAGGCGUUCAUUCCAGCCGAGCUGCCCGCGCAACGACACUACCUGGUCAUCGUGAACCCAAAGAGCGGACCGGGCCGGAGCCUCGAGAUCUUCCUGCACCGGGUGCGACCGAUCCUGGCCGAGGCCGACAUCUCCCACCUGCUGCUCGUCACCGAACGCCGGAACCACGCGAGGGACUUCAUCAAGAAUCUCCACCUGAACCAGUGGAGUGGCAUCAUCAUCAUUUCCGGCGACGGGCUGCUCUACGAGGUGUACAACGGCCUCAUGGAGCGACCCGACUGGGAGCUGGCCAUCAAGAUACCCAUCGGCAUGAUUCCCGGUGGAUCGGGAAACGGCCUGGCUCGUACCAUCAGCCACGCCGCCAAUGAACCCUACGUGAGCGAUCCGAUUCUGGCGUCGACGCUGGGCAUUGCCAAGGGACGGGUGGCCCCUCUGGACCUGAUGAAGGUGGAGACUCCUACGGGACCCCUCUACUCGUUCCUGAACGUCGGCUGGGGCAUCAUGGCCGACAUCGACAUCGAGUCCGAGAAGCUGCGUGCCAUCGGAGAGAUACGCUUCACCCUGUGGGCCUUCUGGAGGGUCUUCAACCUGCGUACGUACCACGGCCGGAUAUCGUACCUGCCCGCCACCGAGAAGAUGAAGGGCGGCAACGGAGUCAUCUCGCGGCUGGUGACGUCAUCGUCGGCGCGCAACGGGCCCUCGUUGGCACCUCUGCCCCGCAACCAGUCGUCGGGCGCCGACCUCGGCGAACUGUGCGGCCAGAACGGCAACGCGAGGACGUUUCACAGGUCUGAUAGCGCUCCGGAAGGCCACCGCACGGGCGAUUGCGGGACGUCACAGAAUGAAGGGAACGAGAGCGGCCUGGAGAGGGCUACGGCGCGCGCCGUGCCGGAUGGCACCGAGGACCACGUGCCUCCUCUCACGGGCGAGGAGCUGCCGCCCGAGCUGGAAGUGGUCGCCGAUUCGAGCGUCGAGCGCGUGCCAGGGCCCAAGCCGCAGGAGCCCGCGCUCUCGGCGCCCGAGUGGUUCCCGGCGCUGACGGACCCGGUGCCGGAGGACUGGACCGUGGAGGAGGGGCGCUUCAUCAUCUGCUACUCGAGCACGGUCAGCCACCUGGGCACCAACCUGUUCAUCGCGCCCGAGUCCCGGCUGGACGACGGCAUCGCGUGGCUGCUCAUCAUCCGCGGCGAGGUGACCCGCUUCCAGGUGCUCAGCUACUUCAAGGCGCAGGAGGCCGGCCAGCACGUGGACCUGCCCUUCGUCCGCCUCAUACCGGUGCGCGCGUUCCGCCUGGAGACCUUCUCCGACUGCACCAUCACCGUGGACGGCGAGGUCGUCAAGACGAGGAUUCUGCAGGCCCGGGUGCUGCCUUCUCUGGGACGAAUUCUGACCUUCUAGGAUUGUACGAGGCGGCGCGAUUUUAGACGCAUCGCCAACAGGGACAGAUGUGAGGAAGCCCGCGAGAAUUGUUUCGAUCUGCCAAGGUUCGGCGGUAUAGUUUUUUUUUUUUUGGAACAGUUUCUCAAGAGCCAGUCAUGUGCGGCGGCGUGCGAGCUAAGUUCAAGUUGACCAGCUAUUGACUCAACUGCCUGCUCUGGUGCGUUCCCGAGUCCCGCGGCAAGUACAAGAACUCUGUGUGUGCGCGCCUCGUGAACAUUUGUGUGCAGUUUGCUUAGGAACGCGGAUCGUUCCACGACAAAGGAAAUGGACGUUUGUCUGCAUAGGUGCGGACGCUACAAUCUUCAUUUCACGGGCAGGGAUCAAAUGUAGAUUGUGAUGUUUUAGUCCCUGCUGAACCUGACGUCACGGUACAUGACGCGGGAACGGCACGGUCUCGAUGAUUUGAUAUUUACGUUUGUAUUGCUACGGAUUUGGUUGAAUAGGUAUAGCAUUCCCUCCCUACCCCAAAUUAUUUUCACCUCUUUUUGCGGUUUUUCCCCACUGCCGAGAAAUCCUUUUUUAUCUCGGAAAUUUCGUCGUAAUGUUCGAGCCUCUAAUCCCCGGGACUGUGAUGGCCCAACGAUCCUCCGAGUCUUCCACUAUGCCUGUACCGGGUUUGUGCUCAUAUUUCUUGUACUACGAGGCUGUGUUUGCCAGCGAACAUACGCCCUGUAAAAGUAUCGUUGCAGCUGGCAACUCAGUCGCGUAUACCGUCUCGCUUAUUGGGUGUCUCAAAAUGUGUGAGCAAUGCGUUCCGCGGAUCGGUCUCGUUAUCUCUUCGACUUCUAACCUACGGGUAUAUUGCCCAUUGUCCUUAGCAGCUGUCUGGUUCGUGCACUGACCUUCAACUAUCCAUGUAAGUGGACAACCGUCCUCUUUCCCCAGAACUGUAGGAAAAUUAACACGGCUCGAAGAAACCGGCAGUGUGCUCAAAACUCGCCAACGGUGUCACCGGUCUCUGUUAUUCGCACUCGCGAAGCGUUGCACGUGCUACUGACUUCGCAGUCAGUUUGGCAGACAUCGAAUCUAAUGCAGGGGUGUCCUAGGAAGCUGCCGUCGGACGGCGCUAGUAGAUAGAAGCGACUCGGAACAUGGCCUCCGAGAUCGGGCUGCGAUCUCGGGGGCUAUGUUUAGACGCAGUAAGCUCCUCUUGACACCAUGCACGUGACGGCGCUUCGUCGCAGCCGCGAGAUGCGUCUGUGCAAAACUGGGCUGUUGGUGCUGCAAUACCUGUAUGUGUGUGCGUGUGUGUUUAAUUUUUGCGCCGAGAUGGCGCUACGAAGGGUACGACGGAUACCUCGAUCUACAGCUGCGACUGUUGGACGUUCUUUUCGAUGAUCCUCCGCAAUUGGGUGUAGUGAAAGCUGACGGAUUGCGAAAAACUACCCCCGCACCUCUUUCUUUUUUCUUGGCGUGUGUGAGUGUGUUAAUGGUUUUGUGUGUGAAAGACAUCACGUGACCGCGUAAAUGAUGAUGGACGAGAAACGGUAACUUGCUUGACAGCGAAUUCACGUGGUACUGUGGUGGGGCGCGGUCGAUAUGUAUCGGCACUGACGCUUGUCUCGACAAAGGUGUAUUCUAAGGUAAGAUAUUUUUUCCGAGUAAGUGAGAUGUAUCGUCAGGGGCAUUCGUGCGAAACUACGCCCUGCGCGACGAACUGAGAAUAAUAGAGACACUGUUGUAGCCCCUGGAUAUGUGCAUAUAUUAGAUUAAACGCAGUGACUGUCUCUCCUCCAAAUACAAAGGUGCCUUCUCGACCGUUGGUCUUCGAUCUUCCCGUAUUGUCCGUCAUGAGCAGCUGUACAUGCAAGGACGAAAUAAAUCGACUGAACAAUA